AUGAGGAUAUGGGAUGACUAUCGGAUGAUGCCUGCGUUAGUGAUACUCUGCUACGCCGCACGAUUUCAUCGCAUCAGCCAAAGGAUCCUCCCCGUCCACUGUGGUUAUCAUGGAGGGGCAACGAGGAAAUAUAUGCCAAGUAGAUUGACUGAACGGAUACUUGAGACUCAUAUACAACAUGAUGGAGUUGAUCGUUAUCCGGCCGUGAGGAGUCGAAUACGAGAAAAUAUUUGUCAGUGCGCCGAUAUUCCUCUAGUUUGUGAUAUGCGCAUGGAGUCGUAUGGAGGGAUGGGCAACGAUUAUUUAAUUCGACGAUGCCCAGGAAACCAAGACCCCCGAGGUCAGUGCAACGUUACUCUCUUGGCUUACGGAUCCGUAAAAGGUUUCUUUUUGGCCUUACAAUCUAAUGUGAACUGGAAAGCUGCGCAGCGACUCUUCUUGUCAAAUUCGAGUUCCUCUCACCCCAGGAUCCCCUCUCCGAGCUCCGCUGUCCCUCCACCUUUGGCUAGUGCGAGUCGCUGGAUGAGUCUCUAUCAGCAAUUUAGUAGCUCGAAGCCUAUCCAAUCAAUGGUCUAUUGCUCCGCUCUCCGCUCUCCGCUCUCCGCUACCGGUCUCUGCGAAUGGGCGCCGCGGCUAUCAAUCAUGACUCGGGACCCUACUCCACUACGUUCCGACUUUUUCAAAACUGUGAAUCCGCAACGCCAAAGUACUAAUUCCCUAGGGACUGAGGUUUUAAUCGAGCAGAGUAAAAUCGCAUAUCUAGAGAUUCUCUGA